CAUAUAAAAGGGGUUACUGUUGGAUUGGGAAAACACAAGCUUAGGAGAAUGGCAGAGGUGAAACUACAUGGAUUUUGGUAUAGUCCUUUUACUUUAAGGGUUGUAUGGACCCUAAAUUUGAAAGGUAUACCAUAUGAGAACAUAGAGGAAGAUCGUUUCAAUAAGAGCUCUCAACUUCUUCACUAUAACCCCGUACGCAAGAAUACUCCAGUGCUGAUUCACGAUGAAAAACCAAUAUGUGAGUCUAUGAUCAUUGUUGAAUACAUUGAUGAGAUAUGGCCACACAACUCAUUGCUUCCUUCUCAUCCCUAUGACAAAGCUCAAGCCCGAUUUUGGGUUAAAUAUGUUGAUGGCAUGAUUUCGGCAAUUGAGGCAUUCCGCCAUAGCAUAAGUUGUGAAGAGCGAGAGAAGGCUAAAGAGAAUUUAUGGGCGAGACUCAGGGUUGUUGAGGAUCAGUGUUUGGAUGAUCAGAAGAAAUUCUAUGGGGGAGACACCAUUAGCAUUGUAGACAUAACUCUUGGAUCUUUUGUGAAAUUUAUUGAAGUUCAGGAAGAUAUAUUUGGAGAGAAAAUCUUGCAAAGUGAAAGGUUCCCUCGAUUGCAUUUAUGGUUUAAUAAUUUCAAGGAUUUUCCAGUCAUCAAAGAAAACACCCCUGAUCAAGAGAAGUUGGUGGCUUUUCAUAAUCUUCUAAUUAAAAAAAUCAAGGCAAUCAAGACAUCUUCUUGAGAAAAUCAUGGCUUGAUUGUCGUGUGUAUUUCUUGAUGUUAAUAA